AUGGAUAUGGAGCCGCUGCUGGGCUCGUCGGUCCGGGUCAAGUUCACUGGCGGACGCGAGGUGGUGGGCGUGCUGAAGGGAUACGAUCAGCUGCUCAACCUGACGCUGGAGAACGCUGUGGAGAUGCUGCGGAACCCGCUGAACCCGGCUGUGCUCUCAGGCGAGAGCCGCGAGCUCGGGACCCUUGUCUGCCGUGGCCCGACCAUCACCGUCGUCUCGCCCGAGUCUGGCGCUGAGCAGAUCGCCUCUCCCUUUGAGCAAGCCAAGGCCGAGGCCGAGGCCGCCGCUGCCGCCGCCCAAUGA